CUCACAACAGUUUCACUCAGAGAAGGAGUCAAAGAGCUUUGCACUUCUGUCUAUAAUCAGUUGUGAUGGAGUUCAAAACUUUUUUGCUUUCAGUUUUAGUUGCAUGCACGUGCGCUCAAACCUAUAACGAUUUCUUCAGAUUUUUGGCGGUUGACUUCAUCAAAGAGGAACCAUGGUCUGCACGUCCAACUAACAGCACUAAUGCAGUGCCAUACAACCAGACCUUUCCAAUCUCUAAGGAUGCUGUGCUCUUCCUCAAAGGCCUGCUGGUCACACGUGUCAUGCCCUCUUUCUACAUCCUCCUCUUCCUCAUUAGUUUGCCUCUAAACGCAUUGGCUCUGGUGACGUUCACCUGUAAGAUUAAAGAAAAGAAACCGACUGUGAUCUACAUGUCAAACCUGGCGUGUGUGGAUCUGCUCUUCACCCUGCUGCUUCCUCUGAAGAUCCACUAUCAUCUGAACGGAUCUGAUUGGGUGUUUGGUGAGGUGGCGUGUCGCGUGCUAAGUGCUGCUUUCUACUGCUACAUGUACUGCUCCAUACUGCUGAUGAUGUGUAUAAGUGUGGACAGACUGCUGGCUGUGGUUUUCCCCAUCGUCUCUCUGACUUGGAGGACAACGAGGAAUUCUGCUUACGUUUGUGUGUUGGUCUGGUUACUGUCAAUUGCUGGCACGGUCCCAAUUCUCUCUAUAACGCAAACGUUCAACAUCAAGGAUUUGGGCGUCACCUGCCACGAUGUGCUGUACCACAUAAAGUUGUAUUACUACCUGUUUUCUAUUCUGUCCUGCCUUUACUUCUUCCUGCCGCUGGUCAUCACUUUGGCGUGUUACUUUACUAUUAUAUAUAAACUCAGUGCCAAAACUCGUCACUUAGCAACAUCAUCAUCAACCUCAGAUAUUCGAAGGAGAGCCGUGAUUAUGGCGAUCGCCGUACUGACGGAGUUUGUGGUUUGCUUCGCAGCAUCAAAUGCAAUCCUGUUGUAUCAUUGUGUUCGUCUGGGCACAGGAGGUCACACAGAGGAGGGGAAAUAUUACAUGUUAGCUGUGUGUGCAGGAAGCUCAAGUGUUUUUCUGGAUCCUUUGCUGUACUACUUUGGAUCGUCACAGUGCAGGGAGGAAAUAAACUCUGUGUUUUGGUGGAGAAAAACAGAAACUUCAUUAUCAAAGACUUAGUCAAGCUCACAUGUGUGAACCGUUCAGUUAAUGAAAUCAUUUGCUUAUCAUUUUCUUUCUAAAUUUGUAUAGACAUGAUUAUGUAUCAGAUGCAAUAUGCAUUAAUAUAAUAAUUCACGCAAAACUAAAAUGUAAAUGUAUUGUCUAUUUUUAUGCAGGGCUUUGAACCAGAUUUUGCCCAAAAACAACAGUGUUUUAACGUUUCCGGUUUUCGGUUCAACCCUAAAAUUGAUGUUUCUGAACCGGUUAGAGCAAAAAAUUAGGUUCCUGAACUGGUUAAUAACGUUCUACAUCAGCUAUGGGACAUACAAAUAGGCUGAUCAUUAGGACAAUAAACUUAAAUUAUUAGUCUACAUUAUUUUUCUUAAGUCUCUAUCUUGUCAUCAAACAUUAAAAAAGGCUACAUUAUGUAAGCGACAUAACUGUAAUUUUGACUUGACUACAUUUGUUGAGUGCACUUAAACACGCGCACACACAUAGACGGAGGACAAAUUCCAAACAGCGCUUCGGGAAGAAGAUGCAGCGUAAACAGUCGCUCCACAUAAAGUGAAAAUUACGUUUGUUUUUCAGCGCAUUAUUCACCAAAUGUAUUUUAAUGGACUACAGUAUGAGACACAGUAGCGCAACUCUCUCUCUCAAGUUUAUACAUCAAGGGUUCUGAUCUUUGAAGGUAGGGAUAUUCACGUUCAAUUGGAGUUGGACCGGGCGGACACAUACAACCCAUGUGCUCUGUGCGUACAGAAAAUUGCUCACUUUAGCGCCUUUUUGUGGUUAAAUUGUUUAAAAUCACCUAAGUGUUAACAUUUGCAAGUCUUUGAAAUGCGUGAAAAAGAUCAACUUUCACCCUAUUAAUCCGCAAAUCGCAUGCGAGCCGAACCGUGGGUCUUGAUCUGUACGGAGCAUCUCAUUACUCUGAUGAGUAACCCCUCGUUCAGACAGCCAACGACAAGCAGUAGCAGAGCGACGCGAUCUCAUUCAUUUCAAUGGAAACCUGGCGACUUCCGGCGACACGAGCGACAGUGACCGUUGGCGACCGUAUGGGCGUGUCCAGCGACGCGAGAAAGUUAAGAAAAGUUUAACUUUAUGCAAAUGUCGAGCGACUUUUGGGAGCGACUACCAAUGAGAACAAAGCAGUGGAGUUCACGUCACCCUUCUCUCGUCAGUUACUGGCGUGGAUGGUACUCAUUUGUUUAUGACAAGCAGAUUUAGAAACGCCUCAUUGAAAGAGACAAGCGACACACAGCGAUAACGUCGCUGGCUGUCUGAACGAGGGGUUAACGACGACCGGAAGUGAACUUCACAGAGUAAUAUCAGACAGAAAUCUUGUCAAAGAACGAAAAAAAUAACGGUAUUAACCGGUUAACAUUAUUUUAAAUAAACGUUUCUGUUCUGGAACAUAUAUUUUUUAAAGUUUGUGGUUUCGUUUCUGUUCCUUGCAAAACAUCAAAGUUUCUGAUUUUCAUUUUCGUUCCUUGAACCGGUUCAAAGCCUUAAUUUUGAUGUUAAAUCUAAUGUAUUGUUAUUAUAACAUUUUCAAAAAUGUUUAAUUGUACAAACACUGCAUGAUGUAUUUGUGAAUAGGUUUUUAAACGUAUAGUUUUAAAAUGUAGAUCUUUUCACACUGGUCACAAUUGUAAGGUUUUUCUGCAGUGUGAAGUCGCAUGUGAAUAUCAAGUACAGACUAUGAGCGAAGGUCUUUCCACAACAGACACAUCUGUAAGGCUUUUCACCAGUGUAUAAACGCAUGUGCACAUUAAGGUUGGACGGUUGCAUAAACAAUGCCGUGAAGUUAAAGUGACAAUUUGUAGUUUUUCAACCUUCAUAAUAUAUUUUCAAGACCCUUGUGAUGGUACAUCGACCUUAAAUAGGUUGAAUGACAUGUUCACAAUAGCCUGACAGUGUCUGUAUUGCUUUUACUCUUACUUUUAAACUUGGGGUUUCGGGUAGUAACCCGAGCACAAAACAAAAAACUACAAAAAUCUGCUUUAUGGCAUACGUCACUUCCUCAACUUCCUCAAAUAUGGACGUGAGAGCGCAACUAUUUAUUUUCCUGAUGUUUUUGUCAUGGCCGCAGCAGCAACUAAGAAAAAGAAAUGCAUGGUUUUGUCGGAGGAGACCAGAAAGAGAAAUGGGGAGAGAGACAGAAUAAAAAGAAGGACGAGGAUCAAUUAUAUUGGGCCAGCGUUCGCUCGCUGGCCUGAACUAAAGAACGAGGAGGGGUUUCUGACCGAUGCUGACUUGGUUUGCCCUCAUGCUUUUGUACUAGUAAGUAAUGUUAUAUUGCUUGCAUAUAAAAGUCCUGUCUGGCGCUCGAACACUAUUUUUAUACGUGAAUUUUACUGGAGGCUACUUGGAGAGUUUAGAGAGAGGCUUAUAUCACUUGGUAUCAUGGACCUAGGACACAGGCGAUCUGGGUUUGAUUCCCCUUUAAGGCAAUUUUACUUUAACCAAGCGAUCACCGUUACAACUGGCUUGUAAACGUUAGCUACACGGUCUUUUGGCGUUUGAAAAAAAUUCAACCCAUGAAAUUAUAUUCCUAUGACAUGCUGGAAGGCACACUUUGUGACCUUAAGAGUUGUCUUCUUUUCCUUUGCGACAGUGCUGCGGCGCUUGUGGCCUCUAGAGGCGCUAAACGUGAAAAAUACAUGUCUAGCACCCCCUAGUGGCCAAAACGUACCAUGGUGUGCCUUUACUGUAAGUCUUAAGAACUUGUCUGACCAACUUGCUAUUAGUUAAGGCUAAUCAGUCUUACUACUGUAUAUGUAUUUAUAUGAGACCAAUUUACCUUUUUAUGCAACUUCCUUAAAGUGCCCAUAUUAUGAAAAACUCAUUUUUUUCUGGGUUUUGGGGUGUUAUUUUGUGUCUCUGGU